AUGUCGAGGUCUCCGUACAUCCUAGAAGACGAGUAUGAUCGGCCCAAGCCUCCGCCGUCCGAGGCGCCUUGGUGUGAGAUUCCAGAUAAACAGUUAUUGGCAGUAGAGCAUCCGGCUGUUAUUUUGAACAAUUCGGACCGGGCGGUUAGGAUGUUGGGGGGUGGGAAGGCUGUUGCACAGGCAUUCAAACCAAAUCCAGAAAAUAUAUCGGAGCCCAAUGGUCUCGAACUACGGUUUAGACCUGGAGAUGCAUUGGCCCCUCCGGUUCAAGGCAAACCGGCAAGGACCCGUGCCAUGGUUCUCAAAAUCACUGUUCCCAAGGGAAAGGGACCGAAUCCUAGACCUCCUCCGGGUGAAGAACCAGAUAUUCCCAAGAUUUUAAAAAGUUUAAAUGGGAAGUUCACAUCUGAAGUUGUAGGUUGGGUAGACCAUACGAUUCGGUUUAGGGAUAUGGCGGAUUAUCAGUGGAAUACGAGAAACUCGGACUGGGCAAGGAAUGUAGAGGAGAAUAUGAUGGAGUUGGAUCUGCAGGCUCUCAAACGCUUCAGAAUGACCGACAAAAUCACUGCUGAUGCAAACGCAGAAAUCAUGCGUCCACCACGGUUCACUCAUAUAAACUACCCAUUCGUCUACGGUUUCCGCCAAAACCCCGCUAUAAAAGUCGACACGGAUAUCAACGGCGAACCAGUUUUCAUCAAUGCCGGAGCACGGGUCCAGACACAAACCCAAUAUGGCAAUUGGAAUUCCGAUACAGUCCCUCAAGCAGGAAGAUUGAAACGUCCAAAGGAGCCUGAAGUGCUUGUGGACUGCCUGAAGAAACUUGAGGAAUUGUUUGAGGAGAGACCGAUAUGGACUAGACGCGGGUUGAUGAAUAAUAUGCCUAGUAGUUUGUGGCAGCAGUUGAAGUGGGCGUAUCCGCAUGUUGCGUAUUAUUGGAGAAGUGGGCCUUGGAGGGAUACGUAUGUGAAGUUUGGGGUUGAUCCGAGAAAGGGUAAGGAGUUUGCGAAGUAUCAGGUUGUGGCGUUUAAAGUGCAUACGGUUAAGCCGAAGAAGGAUUCUAGUCAAAAUGAGGGACAUUUGUUUGACGGGGAAAGUAUUAUUCUCGAUGGAAAGAUUUGGCAGUUUUGCGACUUGAAAGAUCCGUUGUUGGCAGAAUUGGCGGAUAUUGAGAAGUGUGAGGCGAGAGAUGUUUGUGAUAAUACCGACGGCUGGUUUCCUAAUAAUCGUCAUUUCAAAAUAAAGUAUAUUAUGAGAAGAAAAUUAUCAGCGUUAAUCGCCGGGAAGAAAAUGGAUGAUAGAGUCUUUGAAGCGAUACUGAAGGAACCGGAUUCAGCGGCGCCAGGAACUUUACCGCCAAGAAAGCAGAUAAUGUAUACCACAAGCCUGGAUGGACAAGAAGGAGGAACUAUUGGUGAAGGGGAUAAGAUGGAUAUAGUUGAGACGGAAGAGGGCGAUGCGGAGGUUGAAGUUGAUGAACUAGUGGAUGAAUUUGGGGAAGAGUUUGAAAGCGAAAGUGAGGGUGAAGAGGAGGAAGAAGAAGAAGAAGAAGAUGAUGAUGAUGAUGAAGCAAGUGAAGAUGAAGAGGAUGAAAGUAGUAAAAAGGAGAAAGGGGAAACAGCAGCAAGAGAUGAAAGGUUACAAAAGCUUAUGGAAAGGUUUAUGCAGGGUCAUCAGCAUGAAGGGGUGUCGAGGAAGACUGGGGAUGAUGAUGAUUUUGAACUGCUCGGAGAGAGUGAUUGA